AUGGCUACUACCGGCUCUGAGGUUGUUCUGCCCACAGAUCGGGAUCAGGUAGCUGUAAUCGACGGAAUUGACAAACUUGCACCUCCUCAAGUAAACGCGGAGAAGUCGAGUAAGAAUGUGACAGAGCGAGACGUAUCGAACGUGACUGCCUCUGAUGUUGAAAGAGCAACGGUAGAUGCCUCAUAUGUUGGUUGGAAGCAAAUAGGAGGAUGGGAAGAAAAAGACGCAUUGACCUUGGAUGACGAACUCAUCGACUUGAACAGUGAGACAUUUCUGGACAAUGUAAUCCCAGAAAAGUUUUACGGGGACUGGUAUCAUGCAGCUGCAGUGUUUUUCGUUGGAGGGACGCUAUCGUUUCUGGUAGGCAAACUGGGCUUUUCGCUGGGGCCAGUUUUCUUUGUCAUUCUGGCCAUGAGCUUUUUGUAUAGGGCUACGAUUAAGCGGUACAGAGGUGCUAUCAGAGAUCAGGUACAGAAAGAAUUUACGGUGCAGAAAGUAGAAGGCGAUUCAGAGUCGAUGGAAUGGCUUAACAGCUUCUUGGAUAAAUAUUGGACUCGUCUGGAACCGGAGGUGUCGCAAAUGGUGGUUCAACAAGCCAACCAAAUACUAGCUACACACCCAGCCAUUCCAGGCUUCAUAAAAGCAAUUUGGAUUGACCAAUUCACGCUCGGAAUUAAGCCUCCUAGAGUUGACCUGGUUAAGACGUACCAAAACACAGAUACUGACGUUGUUGUGAUGGACUGGGGCGUCUCUUUCACACCACACGAUUUGUCGGACCUCAAUGCCAAGCAACUCAAGAACUAUGUUAAUCAAAAGAUCACCGUUAAAGCAAAAGCGUUCGGUUUACCUCUCUCUGUCACUGUCUCCGAGUCUGCGUUUAAAUGUGACCUCAAGGUAAGAUUUAAGCUUAUGACACCAUUUCCCCACAUUGAAACCGUGAAUGUGCAGUUACUGGAUGUGCCAGAGGUCGACUUUGUUGCCAAGUUGUUAGGGGAAUCUAUCUUCAAUUGGGAAGUGAUGAACCUUCCAGGGCUUUACCCGUUGAUCAGAGAAUUGGCCAAAAAAUACAUGGCUCCUAUUUUUAUGCCUCCAUUCUCCCUGCAAUUGAAUAUUCCUCAGUUGCUAUCCACGUCACCCGUCUCUAUCGGAGUGCUAGAAGUGUCAGUGAAAGAUGCAGUGGAUAUCAAACGUGCACGGAACAUUUUGAAUAAGUCCGUUGAUCCAUACUUGUCCUUUGAAUUUAACGGUGUCUCUUUGGGCAAAACCAGAACUGUCAGAGACUCUUUAAACCCAGUCUGGAACGAAACGAUGUUUUUGCUACUGAACUCUUUUACUGAACCACUUUCUAUUGUCCUUUACGACAGACGUGAGAAGGUGAAGGAUAAGGUUAUGGGCAGGAUAGAAUACAAUCUAAGUACACUGCAUGAUGAAAAGACACAAAACGGUCUAUCAGCGUCCUUCCUCAGAAAUUCCAAGCCUAUCGGAAACUUGAAUUUCAAUCUUAAAUUUCAUCCAACCUUGGAAUCUAAGCAACUACCCGAUGGCACUGUCGAAGAAGCUCCAGACUUGAAUGUUGGUGUCAGUAAAGUGAUUAUUGAAGAAGCCAAGGAACUUGAUGCUCCAGGCUCCAAGGUCUCGACAUUCGUGGAAAUGUACUUCAAUGCCAAAUUGGUUUUGACCACAGGCACUCUCAAGAAUACAGAAAAUCCAGUUUGGAACCAGGAAUACGAGGCUGUAAUCACUGAUCGUCGCAAGACCAGGGCGAAGAUUGUUGUCAAGAAUGCCAAGGGCGAAAUCAUAGGAUAUACCGUCCAGUCUUUGAAUGAUCUCAUUGACAGAGCAGAGGUUGACAAAUUAUGGAUUCCAUUGAAAAACGGAAAGGGCCAAAUUAAAGUGAGGACCCAUUGGAAACCUGUUGAGCUUGACUUGGGAGCCAAUGCUGUGGCAUAUACUCCACCGAUUGGCACUUUGAGGGUCUUCAUCAGUAAAGCAGAAGGUCUUAGAAAUCUUGAAAAAUUCGGAAAGAUUGACCCAUAUGCUAGAGUAUCUGUCAAUGGAGUAGCGAGAGGGCGUACGGAUGUUCGUGAAUCCACGUUAAAUCCUGUUUGGAAUCAAGCGAUUUAUGUCGCUGUCACGUCGCCUAACCAAAAAAUAACUCUUGAGUGUUUUGACGUCGAAACAGCUGGUAGAGACCGCACGCUCGGUAAGUUUGACAUCAAUGUCUCUGAAAUGUUUCAAAAAGGUGAUGAUGAUAAAUAUAUCGAGAAUAUUAGCAAUGAGCCACAAAUUGGUCGCCUAGUUGAUAAGAAAGGUGCUAAGGGUACGAUUACUUAUUACGUUUCUUUUUAUCCAACUCUUCCCGUUUUGAGCUUGGAGGAAAUCCAGGAGGUUGACGAGAUUAAUGAUAGAAAGAAGAGCCUUCAGGUGAAAGUGAGUGAACAGGACGAAAAGACCAUGACCAAGCUAGCAAAACAGAAAUUGAAAGAAGAGGAAUUUGAAGUUAAGGAGAUGGAAGACCUUUUCAGUAAUAAAAUGAAGUUAGACCUUGAUGAGCUAUUGCAGUACAAUAGCGGUGUCCUUUCAUUCUCCAUAUUAAGUGGUGAACUUCCUCAAACAGGAGUUGUAGUGCAAGCGUUUUUCGAUUCCAACAGCUAUCCUCGUUACGUAACCCAGAAGUACAAGGGAAGAACCAUCAGAAACGGUUCGACCGGUGAUACCAUUAUAAAAGAAUUGGAGUGGUCUAUUGCUACAUUCAGAAUCACAUCAAAGCCGGACAAUAGCAAGGCCGAAGAUUGUUUAGCCGAAGUGACGCUGCCAACUAUCGAACUUGUGAGAAACUGCUACUAUAAACCUUCCAUCUUGAACUUAGCUGGCCAUGGCAGCUGUAAGCUGUUGGUUCAGGUUUCCUGGUUCCCGAUAACUGCUACAAAGUUACCACAAGCAGACCUCAUCACUAACACUGGUGAUCUUACUAUCAAUGUUGUGGGUGCCAAUAAUCUCAUUGCAGCUGACAGAAACGGUAAGUCCGAUCCUCUUGUCAAGUUUUACAUGGAUAACAAUGAAGAUUCAUUUUUCAAGACGCAUCACAAAAAGAAAACUUUGGAUCCAACUUGGAACGAGACGGUGGAGGUUCAAGUUAACAAUCGUGUUAACAACUACCUAAAGAUUCGCGUGAUGGAUUGGGACGCUGGUAACAAAGAUGACCUGAUCGGUACCGCUGUUUUGCCUUUAGCCAAUGUUGAUCCUGAAAACCCAAGUGACAUUGAUGUUCCUCUCACUGGUCCUGAAGGACAAGACGGAGGCGUCCUACACCUCAACUUCAGCUUCAGUCCAAGACAUGUGUUGACUACUCAAAAACAAGAAAAGAAGGUCGGUGACUUGGCUUCUAAGGGUUUGUCUACUGGCCUGCAGGCGGGUACUUCCGUAAUUGGGGGUGGAUUCGGGGCCGUGGGGAAAAUCAAGAAGGGUAUUUUCGGUGGCGAGAAGAAAGACAACGGAGAAAAUCCCAAGUAA